AUGACGCUUGCAUUAAAGAAUCAUCGUAGGACUAUAUUCAGGUGGUACAGAGAAUUCCAAGGGGGCAAUUUCACUCUAGACGACGCGGCUGAGAGGGAAGGAAGGCCGCGAACGAAACAGGGAUGGUGUACUAGUAACAUAAUUAUGAUUGAAGAUCUGCGUAUAGCGGUCCAACUAGCAGUAGAUAGAUCGAUAUGUGUCGCGUAA